AUGGAUACCUUCCGGUUCACCUUCAUCCCCGGUAGUACCUUCCUGAUCGAGAACGUGCCGUUCUUGCGCUACAUGCCUCCCUGGUUCCCUGGUGCCGGAUUCCAAGCCACGUGUGAGACGUGGCGCGCCGCCUCAGAGAGGAUGGUUGAGCAGCCGUACGUGCGAGUGAAAGCAAAUAUGAAUGCCGCCGAAUCCACAGAUACCAUAGUCGGUGCUGCCCUAGGUAGCGGCGGGCUGUCUGCAGAGGAGCGCGAGAUGAUUAUCAAGAAUGUUGUCUGCGUCACAUACGUGGCUGGCGUCGACAUGACACUCAGAACAUUGUCUACAUUCUUCCUGGCUUCGAACCUCUUCCCUGAGCCUCAGAAACAGGCUCAGGCCGAGUUGUACGCCGUCGUCAGCACCAACCGCCUCCCAGACUAUCCCGACCGCGACCGGCUUCCCUACGUGAACGCUCUUAUAAGAGAAUGCCACCGGUGGCUGCCCAUUGGUCCUCUGUCGUUGCCCCAUGCAACUCUCGAGGAUGAUGAGUAUGAUGGGUACUUCAUCCCUGCUGGCGCAGCAGUUCUCCCCAACAUCUCGUGA